ACAUUGAUAUUCCGUCAAAAUAGUUGAAAUAGCAGCUGUUCACAGGAUAAUCCCUUUGAUUUAUAAAUGAAAUUAAAAUAAAUUUAACACGUUUUAGAUGUUUAAAUCGAUGUGCAUUCAAUAAUAUUUGGGGUCAUGUUAGACAUUGUCAGUAAAAGUACCGUUUUUCACCAUGAAACAAAGAACUCGCGUCAUGCAUAGUGGAGACGAUUUAAUAUCGUAUGACGUGAUGAACAAUAAAAAAAACGACGACAACGGCCGCAGUGACAUACAAUUAUACAAAAUUAAGCCACAAGAACAUUUUAUUGAGGCGCAAGUUCAGGAAGGAGAUACGCUACAAGCAAUUGCCCUGAGGUUUUACUGUUCCAUUGCAGAAUUGAAAAGAAUCAACCAAAUCCACAAAGACAACGAGAUUUUUGCAAGGAGAACAAUUAAAGUCCCGGUUACACCUUACUCUGUCUUAACAGAGUUAAUACCAUCAGAGCAACCAGAGCCGACACCUUCAACCUCGAAACAAACGCCAAAAUCGAUACAACAACUCUUACAAAGCAAUGGCAUACCGCAGUUACAUCAAAGCAGUUCACCGCAAAAAGAGGAGAAAGACUAUGCCAUUGACUGCAAUGCUGUUAUUAUGAACAGCACUUUAGCGUCUUCUGUUUCUCCUUAUUCGGACGUAGAACCAGCAGAACAAGUCACAGAGGACACGCAAUUGUUGCCAAACAAAGAAAAGAUUCCCGUAGAAGCUAUAGUUGUGAAAGAAUUGACAUCACAUGGUGCUGAUUUUGGACUGAAAUGGUUUCAUUUAGUAUGCUUCAUGCUAUUACUAGUUGUGGUGAUACCAAUAGUGUAUAUAUUGUUUUAUUUAGACCAGGAACACGAUGAAAUGGAUGACCUACCACCCUUGCAUAGUACUUGAUGACUGAAUGUCUUGUGAUCUAGCUGAGAAGCUUUAAGGUGUGAUAUAUCAUUUUUACCACAGUACAUUGUAUAAAUUAAAAAUUUUAAUAAAUUUUAUAACCUAAGUCCUAUA